UACCAGGCACCCCACCUGAUGCAGGAGAUGGGGAGCCAAAAGACCCAGGACUUCCGGCUCUCUCAUUUUCGUCCUCGGAUUGGCUGUGAGAGUCAUCUACUCAUUGGGCCUGCGCAGUGUAAAACUGACGGAGAGGAGGGGUUGGCGGGCAAGAUGGCUGCUACUGCGGCCGGUGUGGGCCGGCUAGAGGAAGAAGCGUUGCGGCGAAAGGAACGGCUGAAGGCCCUGCGGGAGAAAACCGGGCGCAAGGACAAGGAAGAUGCGGAGCCAAAGACCAAGCAGCUGAGGGCGAGAAGCACAGACCAUCUACAGUUGGGGCCGUCUCUGACCCUCAGCUCCUGUAACUGUCAGAGGAAGAUAAUCCCGGGGAGACACUGGGAGCUCAGGCUGCGGAACUACGUCCCCGCGGACGAGGACCUCAAGAGGAGGAGGGUGCCCCAGGCCAAGCCCGUGGCAGUGGAAGAGAAGGUGAGGGAGCAGCUGGAGGCCGCCAAGCCCGAGCCAGUCAUUGAGGAAGUGGACCUGGCCAACCUCGCACCCCGGAAGCCUGACUGGGACCUCAAGAGAGACGUAGCCAAGAAGCUGGAGAAGCUGGAGAAGCGGACCCAGAGGGCCAUCGCCGAGCUGAUCCGUGAGAGGCUGAAAGGCCAGGAGGACAGCCUGGCCUCCGCAGUGGACGCCACCAAUGAACAAGAGGCCUGCGACUCCGACUGAGGCCUGCCCCGAGGGAGGAAGGUGCUGGACGGGUGGGGGCUGAGCUGGCCAUCGCUUCCCGUUUGCCUUCAGCGCAGUGGCUCCCCACCCCGUCGGGGAGCCCGCCAUAGGGAGAGCCAGCUCCUGUCUCCCGAGCAGCUCCAUGGGCCUGCGCACGUAUGUGUGCCUGUAUAUAUUGUGGACUUUUUUUUCUGUAAAUAGAAAUAAGCAGACCCCUGUGUGUGGCAGAAA